AAACUUAUUAAUCAAAUUGAAAUCCCUCCUACUGCCAAGACUUAAAUUAAGCCCCAUACAUUACAUGCUUCCUUCACGUAUAAAAUUCCCCUUUCCCUUGCUAACAGGACUCCCUACGUCACCUCAAUCCUCUGUGGCAAUAACAGACAUCACUAAGGUUAGCUUCCCCCGGUCACCGGAAAACUCAGGUUUUCAUUUCCGGGGAAAUGGGCACGCCUGAGCGGUCGAAGAAGAGGGUCCAGUUAUGGAAGAAGGCGAUAGUGCACUUCUCCUUGUGCUUUGUCAUGGGCUUCUUCAGCGGGUUCGCCCCAGCUGCGAGCAGGGCCUCCAGCUCAACAUUGAUCCCCCGGACCGCCACCUCCCCUGGACCAACCGAGACGCGCGACCUGGUAGCACCGGCCAACCGGAGCUUGAUCUCCCGCGUCCAGCAGGCACAAACCAUCCCUGUCUCGCCAUCCAAAAGUGAAGAAGAAAAGGAGGAAGAAGAAGAAGAAGAAGAAGAAGAGAGCACACAACCGGAGGAACCGGAAAUGGAAUCCCCAUGGGACCCCGAGAAGCAUGUUCCGAGGAAGCAGUUGAUAAUCAUCACGCCGACAAGGGCUGACGACCCGUUCCGUGGGGUGCUCCUGAGGAGGCUAGCUACGACGAUCCGGCUGGUGCCAGCACCGCUGCUGUGGGUGGUUGUGGAGAGGCAGCCGGAGACGGGUUCGGGCGAGGUGCCGGAGCUCCUGAGGAAGACCGGGGUAAUGUAUAGGCACCUGGUGUAUCGGGAGAACUUCACGGAACCGGAAGCGGAGAUGGAUCACCAGAGGAAUGUAGCCCUCAGGCACAUCAAGCAACAUGGGCUGACUGGGAUUGUUCACUUCGCGGGGCUCUCCAAUGUCUACGACCUUGACUUCUUCCAUGAGCUCAGACAAACCGAAGUGUUCGGGACAUGGCCGAUUGCACUGCUAUCGGCAAACAGGAAAAAGGUCAUCAUCGAGGGUCCCGUCUGCGAUUCCACGCAAGUUAUGGGCUGGCACAUAAAGAAGAUGAACAACGAGACGGACGCGAAGCCUCCGAUCCACAUCUCGAGCUUCUCGUUCAACAGCUCGAUCCUCUGGGACCCGGAAAGAUGGGGCCGCCCGUCCUCAUCUCAGGCCGUCGCUCAGGUUUCGGUGAAAUUCGUGAAAGAGAUAGUCCACGAAGACGAGGCCUCAGUGAAGGGGAUCUCCGGGGAGAAGUGCUCGAGAAUUUUGAUGUGGCAUUUUCCUGCUCAUCCCAGCGAACACCUCUUACGCGUUCACGAUCCUAAUGACCGUUCGAAUCUUCAAUCAGAUACUUAGACGUGAAAUUGAGGGGAGGACAUACGUGCAUUCUUCAUUUUGUGAUAGAAGCUAAUUGAUUUCUUGAAGGUAAAUAGUCUUUUCCACAUAAAAAGAGAAAUUGUACGAUUGACUUUUCAUCUAUGAGCUUUUCUUUUGUGGACCGCAUCGGGCUGUUGACGUCCAAAACUUCAAGAUAUGGGCCCAUUCACGAUCGGCCCAGGCCUCGGCCCAAUAACGUGCUUCAUGUUGCCAUGUCAA